UCCAGCACUACUCUUCAUCGAUCUCGAGCCACCUACUAGCUAGCUAAUCAUGGCAUCUUCCAAGAGCAGUCUUGCAAUGUUCGCCCUGGCCAUAGUCAUGGCCGUGGUGGCCGGCGUCUCGGCGCAGAACACACCGCAGGACUUCGUCAACCUGCACAACCGCGCCCGCGCCGCGGACGGCGUCGGGCCGGUGACGUGGGACAACAGCGUGGCCAGGUUCGCGCAGGACUACGCGAACAAGCGCGCCGCCGACUGCCGGCUGCAGCACUCCGGCGGGCCGUUCGGCGAGAACAUCUUCUGGGGCUCCGGGCAGUCGUGGACGGCCGCGAACGCCGUGAAGUCGUGGGUGGACGAGAAGCGGAACUACCACCUCAACACCAAUACCUGCGACGCCGGCAAGGUGUGCGGGCACUACACGCAGGUGGUGUGGCGCAAGUCGACCCGCAUCGGCUGCGCGCGCGUGGUCUGCGCCGGGAACCGGGGCGUCUUCAUCACCUGCAACUACAACCCCCCGGGCAACUUCAACGGCGAGCGCCCGUUCCUCACCCUUGACGCCGAAGCCAAGUAGUACGUGCGUGUGAAUGUGAUCAUACAUGCAUACGUGCUUGUGUUUAUGUGUGUGUAUUUUGAAUAUUUACGUCUAUACAUAUGUUACGUACAGUACGUACGUAAAUAAGCCCACCUUCCGGCCUGCAUGUAUCCAUGUGGCUCUUUUUUCUUUUUCUUUUUUGAACACAGCCAUGCGGCUCUGUGGAGCGUGUAAAUGUAAUGAGUUAAUUGCGCUUUUGGUACAUAAACUUGCACGUCAUGUACAAAUUCAUAUAUAAACUUGAAAAAUGAUACAAAUUGGUCUAA